AUGGUGGCGAUCAAAGAGCUGAAAUAUCCCAUUCAUACACCCUGUCUGCUUCUGCAGAUCCCGGUUUUCGUCUGUGAAAGAAGAGGAUGGCUUCCUCCGCACGCGGAGGCUUUCACCAGCCUCCUGUGUGGAGGCUCUGCCUCCGCUAAUUGGGUUAAGAUUACCGCUCUUACAACUUUAUUGCUGAAAAUUAUCUGGAGAAAAUCAAGAGAAGGUGAAGAGACUAUCCAGAAUUCCCAAAUCGUCUCUUCNUCCAGAAUUCCCAAAUCGUCUCUUCAAUUCCAUUUGGCAUUCAAGAAUUCUGGUAUUCCUUCCUUCAUUGCACGCAGCACCAAGAAAAAUUCUGGACCAACAUCAUUUGCACCUAUUAUUGAAAUGGCCAUGACUGUUGUUGAGCAGAGUGGAGGCCAGUACCAUGUUUUGCUAAUUAUUGCUGAUGGACAGCUCCGAGCCCUUGAAGAUCAGUUGCUUCAGCAUCAGGAUUAUCACCAGUAUGUGAAAUGUGUAGUUUUUGGGUAA